AUGAUUUCGUUUCACAAAUUCGAUACUGACCAAGUCACAACGGAUAUCAGGCGUCAAUUCAACAGACCCACGCAGAAGGAAGACCAGCAUCCUGAGGCCUUCGCAAGACAACUUGAGGUCUUGGAACGUAACUGGGACAGAGGACCUGAGAAGUUGAGAGCUGAGGAUUAUUUGACCAAGCUGACCGACCCCCUUCCGCGGAAGAUCACUGAGAACAACCGCUUUAUCCCACCAAAUCGCAGGGAAAUCAUCGACCUUGCAACACAUUAUUGGGAGAAUGACCAAGACGCCAAGAAACGGAAAUUCUCGCAAAUGAAGGACGGCGACAAGCCUUCACGGUCCACACAAAAGAAGAAAUCCUCUCAUCCUACGUCCGACAAACCUCGCCAAAACCCCAUGGGCUCGGAUGGAAAGAGAACUACAUGCAAAUCCCUCUGUCCCGACAACCCCUGUUCCGGUCUCUCCAGAGAGAGCAGGUACCGAAUCCCCUACCCAGGAGCCAACUGUCAAAAUGCUCCUGGAAACAAUCCGCAAGUUGCAGAAGGAGCAAACCGAGCCCAGGAAGGACCUCAACAAACCCUCUAG